AAAAACUGAAACAGCACUGGCCCUACAAGCCCUAAAAAUUAAUUGGAGACCUGCGUUCUACACUUCUACUUGUGCGUUCUGCGUUCUGCGUUCUGCGUUCUGCUCUUCCUCCCUAACGAAAUCGGUGGCUGUAACCGGUGGACGACGCGGUGGCUGCUUCUCCUCCCUGACGCGGUGGAAGACGCAGUGGUUGCUCCUCCUCCCUGAUGCGGUGGACGAAAUUGGUGGCCGCUCCUCCUCCCUGACGCGGUGCUCUUCCUCCUUGACGCGGUGGACGAAAUCGGUGGAUUUUUUUAGCAUAUAAUUUUGUUCAAUUUAUGUAAUGCUGUGAAGUGUGAAGUGUGAACUCCGUUCUUUGAUUUGGAGAUGCGAGAUGAAAACGAGGGUUGUUUGCAGGAAAAUGUAUGAUUACAUACGCUAUGAUCUCAAAGAGAUUGCUUUCCCAUCAUCUUUACCUAGGACGAGGGUAUUUGGGUAAUUUUAGUCACUGUUAUUGAUGUUUUGAGUAGACAAAGAUGCAAUUUCGGAGGACCUUACUUAGAGUUAAUUGAACUGGUGACACUUGGCUGUUGGUAACAUUCAAUCUUCAGGUUUUAGCCUAGGCUUUAUGCUGCAAGCUGGCUUCGUGAAAAACCUAACGGUGAAAAGAAACCUGCUAAAGGGAAAGAGCCUUCAACACUGGACGAUCUUGCAGUAGAGUCUGACGGUUACACAAAGCAAACGCUAACAUUACAGGAAGAAUGCAAGGGCGAGGACUGAGCAGGCCAUUAUUGGGCCUUACUAGCAACAAAUUGGGCUCAGUUGGCCCAAUUUUUGGAUAAAUGAACCACGGUCCCUGGUUAGUUGUUAGUGGUUACCACUUCAACACUGGCUAUGGCGCGAGGGGUGAUCCUCUCUACGCCAUGUCUCACUGCUUCUACUUCUUCACUCUUAGCUUCCUUCUCCAAAACCCCACCAAAAAGUUUCAAACUUUCACUCUCCUCGCACCUUCUGCAUCAUCACCAACCAUGCACUCUCCCUCUUACUUGCUGCUUCUCCGUCUCAUCUUCUGAAGCACAAUGCUCAAUCGACUUGUCAAAGUACAGAGAAGCUUUUUCCAGGCGCAUGGCUAUGGCGGGACUCAAACCUCAUCACCCUAUUGCUUUGGGAGUCUCUGGUGGUCCUGAUAGUAUGGCACUCUGUGUCUUAACCGCUGGCUGGAAAACUGCUGGUGCUAAUGCUGUCAACACUGACAGUGGUGGUUUCAUUGAUGGUCUGUUGGCAAUUAUUGUUGAUCAUGGACUGCGUGCAGAGAGCAAAGAGGAGGCCAACAUUGUUUGUCGCCGUGUUUCCAAAAUGGGAAUCAGAUGCGAGAUUGCCAGCUGUGAUUGGUCAAGUGGCAAGCCGAAACAGGGUCAGUUGCAAGAAGCUGCUCGUGAUAUGAGAUAUCAAAGCUUUCAAAAAGUUUGUGCUGAAAACCAGAUUGGCAUACUACUUGUUGCACAUCAUGCAGAUGAUCAGGCUGAAUUAUUUAUUUUAAGGCUUUCUCGAAAUAGUGGUGUGCUUGGACUUGCAGGCAUGCCUUUCACCUCCCAGAUUUUCCCUACACAUGCACAUUCCUAUGAUAAAGUUCAAGCAAACCGUGGAAUCCUACUUGUGCGGCCUCUUUUGGAAUUUUCAAAGGAAGAUAUGUACAAGAUCUGCCAUGGGGUAAGUGAGGAUUGGGUGGAAGACCCUACAAAUCAAAGCCCACUAUUCACACGAAAUAGGAUUAGAAUGGCACUCAGUGAUUUGUCAUCAACUACAUUCAAAUCUGAGCUCCGAAGAAUGAUUUCUGUAUGUCGGAUAACACGGACAUAUAUUGAUCAAGUUUGCUAUAGCUUGAUGAGUCGUGCUCUGCUUGUCAAAAAUCAUGGAUAUGCUGUUAUUGAUCUAAUGAACCUUUGUCCUUCAAAAAUUGAGGAUUUAUGCUUGGCUAAGUUUCUUUUGGUAGUCAUCCAGUUUAUCUCUCAAAGGCAGAAGCAAAUCAGAGGUAGUGCUUUGAAAUUGCUGAUGGAGUACAUUCGAACAUUUCCUUCCAAGAACUCUCUUACAGCGGCAGGUUGUUACCUUUGCCCCGAUCCGGGUUCCAGAGGGUCCAGAAUCCUGGUUUGCUGUUCUGUUGAUUGUAAUGCACCCAUAAAGUUGGAAUUUUUCGACUCAUGCUCUCAUGGAGGAAAGGAGCAUGGUGUUACCAUUGAGUUGGGAAAAAUUAUAGAGGCCAAAAAAUCAUAUGCAAAUAAUGUGGUUCCAGAUGCAUCAGAUGUCCACUUUUUGGAUGUGAAUCCCAAGUUUGUUUUAAUAGAAGCCAAAAGACUGAACAUAAUCAGUGAGUCAACUUAUAAGAGCAUUCUUGCAUUGCAAAAGGAAGAAACUGAUCGCUUCAGGUCCAAAUCUGAGGUCAUUGCUAAUUCUGGAUCGACGAAUGAAGCCGAAAGUUUUAGUACUUCUGUAAAAUCUCUUCAGCAAAGGCAGUUCUGUUACUUCAUGGAUCGAUUCAUCCUCACAUGGAAGUUAGACGAUAAAUUUGACGGAGAUUCACUUUCUGACAUAGUUGAUUAUGGUGUUGAUUUGGGUGGGGAAAACUGGAACUUUUGUUUCACUUCAUGCGUAAUUGGACCUAAUAAGGUUCUUGAAGUGCGGCACAUGGUUGAAUCUGAUUGGCUGUAUUUAGCUGAGCUUUCAAAAUAUCCACAUUGCAAGAACUUGCUACCCACUCAGAUUACAGAGAAAGCAUCCGGAUGUUUACAGUAUGCCAGUGCAUCAGCUAAAAGGGCUCUUCCGAUGUUAAAAUCUAUCCCGGUUGCUGCGAGGAGGAGCCUGCCUGUUCUCGUUAAUCAACAAGGACAGUUAGCAAGCAUUCCAUGUGUCAAUUUCAAGCAUUGCCCUUGCUUGAUGGUGGAUGUGGAAUUUAAGCCAAAAAUACCACUUGGGGGAGGUCAUAGCUCAUUCAUAUAACAAAAUAGUGACCACGACUUUUUGAAAUUAAUGUUGGUUAAUCCAUCUUUGGUCCCUGGAAAUUUCAAGUAGACAAAAGGGGAAUGUCAGAUUGGAAUUUUGAAGAUGUGAUCAUGGAAUCACUUCAAUCUGACUCUUACCAAAAGUUAAGGGAUGCAUGAUCUUUGGCUAAUAGAUAUGGUACUAUCCAAACUCCAAAGGAUGCACGUCAAUUAUCUGGUACAGAAUAUGGAGAUGAUCAGAAUAUUCCAAGUACCUUAUAGUCUUAGAGUUGACUCAGUUUUCACAUUUGCAAGCAUCACACAACCACACAAACUUGGUAAAGUGGGGAGUGAAUAUUGUUGCAGAAUAUGGGGUUUUGUUGUAUCCAAGCUCUAUUAAAUGGGGAAAGUACAUGCUUAGAUUGUGGCUGUUUUGUUCAAACCAGCUUAUGAAAAUGAUGAGGAGAUAAACCAGCUCCCACUUCUGUCCUUUUGUGAAGGGCUAAGCUUUUGCCUCUUUGAUGGGACCUACUGGAAAUUGUGGAGCAUCUCUUCUAUAAAACCUUAUUGUAUAUUUACCUAAAAUUUGACCAUUUGACAUUUAGAUUAAGUUUAUAAUUAUAUAUUACUGUAUGAGUUUAAAUUAUCAAAAAGCUUCUCGCAAUUAGCAAGAAACUCUAAGCCCAUAUUCUUGUAUUUAACCAUGGAAAGGUAUACGCAUGGCCAGAGGUCCAGAGCCUUGUGUAAGCUUAGGGAGUUGGUUAGGUUUGGAGUUACAAAUUUGCCCUCAAUUUUAUUUCU